AUGUAAUUAUACCGAAUUAGAUAACGAGAGUCUAACAGUAACGGAUUUCCCUUCCAAUGUUCAAAUGAUUCAACUCAAAAUCAAUUGAAAUAGAUAGUGCGAAUAAAGGUUUUUAAAAAUAAUGAUUACUCUCAGAAGUCUAAUCAAUACCCAGAGAAAUCUUACAGAAAGAAUAAGAUUCAAUAAUAAACUUCAUUCAGGAUAAAAAUGUUGAUGCAAAAAAUGAAAUUUGAAGAAAAAUAAGAAAUACAAAUAGAUAUAGUUGUAAACCUAAACUUUGAAUCUUUACUUAAAGGUAUAAGGACACUAUGGGAAUUAACAAAUUUUAAGGCCAUCUCUCAGGUAGCAGCCUGCUUAGUAACUCUUAAAAUUAAUGAAAGUUUACCAACUUAAUUUACUCCUUAUUAGGAACUAUAUUCGAAAACUGCAUUAGUGUCUUUGGAAUAUCGUGGCUAUCCAAGGGAGCACCUGGCUUAAGAGAUAUGGUAGGAAUUACUGGAUGCAAAAUUAGUAUAUUGUGAUAAAAAGAGGGCAUUUUUGAGGGGAUUGAGAAACAUGUGCCAGGUUAACUUCUCAGUGAUGAAACUAGAUUUCAAUUCAAUUCAAGCUGUAUUGUGA